UAUAUAUAUAUAUACUGCUGACUGCGGAACCAAAACCCUAACCGCCAAACAGCAGCCUCUGCAGUAGGACUCUCGCUGAAGAAAAUCCCUUACCAAUUCAAAGAUCUCAGCUUUCUUCCACAGCGAAAAUGGCUCUUGGAAAGAAAACUAAGAAGACACAUGAGAGCAUCAACAAUAGGCUCGCUCUGGUGAUGAAGAGCGGAAAAUUCACUCUGGGUUACAAAACCGUGCUUCGCUCUCUCAGAGCCUCUAAAGGUAAACUCAUUAUAAUUUCAAACAAUUGCCCACCGCUCAGAAAAUCAGAGAUUGAGUAUUAUGCCAUGCUUGCAAAGAUCGGCGUCCACCAUUACAAUGGAAACAAUGUUGACUUGGGAACUGCUUGUGGCAAGUAUUUCCGUGUUUCUUGCCUUAGCGUUAUCGACCCUGGUGAUUCUGAUAUCAUGAAGGGCCUCCCUGGUGAUCACUGAUCAGAUUGCAUAAGUGGUUCUUCAGAAACUCUCUCUUUCAGCAGCCCUUUUUCUUUUUAGAACAUGCCCGAGAACCUUCAUUGUAUUGCUUUCCCAUAAAAGUUUGUGCUUUGUUUAUCAAAUUUUGCGUAGUUAUGGAGAUUGUAGGGAUUAGAUCCAUACUCAUAUUCCUUUGGAAAAUAUUUUAUAUGAAUGAAGAUAUGCCUCUACUUCUAUA